AAUUGUCAUUCUUUCAAGAAACUAUGCAUCUUCUACAUGGUGUUUGGAUGAACCUGUAAAGAUCAUUAGGUGCAUGAAAGAAAUGAAGAUGAUGGUUCUACCAAUUUUUUAUGAUGUGGAUCCAUCUACUAUACGAAAACAAAUGGGUACUUUUGCCCAAGCCUUUGCUAAACAUGAAGAAAAUUUCAAGGACUGCAUAGACAAGGUGCAAGCAUGGAGAACUGCUUUAAGAGAAGUAGCCAAUCUCAAAGGAUGGCAUGUACAAGAUAGGCCUGAGUCACAAAUUAUCCAGAGCAUUGUGGGAAAAUUGUGGCAUAAAUUAAGUUAUGCAUUCUCAGAAUGUACCGAAAACCUAGUAGGAAUAAUUUCUCGAGUGGAGAAAUUGGAGUCAUGUUUGGAUUUAGGGUCAAACAAUAUUCGCAUGGUGGGUAUUUGGGGGAUGGGAGGAAUAGGUAAAACAACUCUUGCUAGAGUUGUUUUUCGUAAGAUUUCAAAUAAGUUUGAAGGUUGUUGUUUUCUUGCUAAUGUUAGGGAAGUUUGUGAAAAAGAUGGUUUAGUUCGAUUACAACAACAACUCAUCCUUCAAAUUUUGAAUGAAAAUAUGGGUGUAGAAGAUGUUAAUGAAGGAGUUUUUGUGAUCAAGAACAAGUUACGUCAUAAAAAAAUUCUUCUCGUUCUUGAUGAUGUAGAUCAAUUAGACCAAUUAAACAAGUUAGCAGGGGAUCAUAUAUGGUUUGGUUUAGGUAGUAGAGUUAUCAUAACAACAAGAGAUAAGCAUUUGCUACAGACCCUUGGAGUAGAUGAAAUAUAUGAGGCUAAUGGAUUGACUCAUGAUGAAUCUCUUCAUCUUUUGAGUUUGAAAGCAUUUAAAAAAGAUCAUCCACCCAAAGAAUAUCUAGAGUUGUCCAGAGGUUUUGUAUAUUAUGCUAAUGACCUUCCUUUAGCUAUUGAGAUUUUGGGUUCUUUUUUGUUUGGUAGAGGUAUCGAUCAAUGGAAAAGUACAUUAAAUAGACUAAAACAGUUUCCUGAAAAAGAUAUUCUCAAAGUACUUAGAAUAAGUUUUGAAGGACUACAUGAAACAGAGAAGGAAAUAUUCCUAAAUAUUGCUUGUUUCUUUAAUCAUAAGGAGAAAAAAGAUGUAGUAGAAAUACUAAAUUAUCUUGACCUUUUUCCAGAUAUUGGAUUAGGGAUUCUUUUUGACAAAUCUCUUGUUAAAUUUGAUGGUUUUACCUUGUGGAUGCAUGAUUUGCUUCAAGAAAUGGGCAAGAACAUAGUUUAUGAAGAGUGUCCUAAAGAGCCGGGAAAACGUGGCAAACUGUGGCUGUUUAAGGACAUUAAUGAUAUACUAACAGAAAAUACGGGAACAAAAGCAAUUCAAGGCAUAGUCUUAAAGUUGCAUAAACAAAAAGAAGCAUAUUGGAAUCCUGAAUCCUUUUCAAAGGUUCAUGAUCUUAAAUUGCUCAUAAUUGAUAACGUUCACCUUUUGCAUGAGCCCAAAUAUCUUCCUAAUGCCUUGAGAUUUCUUGACUGGAGUGAAUUCCCUUCAAAAUAUUUUCCACCAAGUUUCCAACAAAAGUCUUUUGAUAGUUUGAAGUUCAUCAAAUUGAAGAAAUCACUAAAAUUGAUUGAAACUCCUGACUUCAACGAAAUCCCAAAUCUUGAGAAAUUGGAUCUUGAGGGUUGUAUAAAUUUACGUUCCUUGCACCCAUCAAUUGGAGUUCAUCAAAAACUCACUUUUCUUAACCUAGGAGGUUGCAAAAACCUCAGAAGUCUUCCAAGUAAGUUUGAAAUGGAGUCUCUUGAGAUCUUUAUUCUUUCUGGUUGCUCAAAUUUAAAAAGAAUUCCGGAGUUUGGAGAAAAUAUGGAAAGUGUAUCAAGGCUUUACUUAGAUGGCAUUGCUAUUACAAAAUUACCCACAUCAAUUGGGAAUUUGACUGGCCUUGCUUCAUUGAAUCUAAAAGAUUGCAAAAACCUCAAAAGUCUUCCAAGCAAGUUUGAAAUGGAGUUUCUUGAGAUCCUUAUUCUUUCUGGUUGUCCAAAUUUAAAAAGAAUUCCAGAGUUUGGAGAAAAUAUGAAAAAUGUAUCAAAGCUUUACUUGGAUGGAACUGCUAUUACAAAAUUACCAACAUCAAUUGAAAAUUUGACUGGGCUUGUUUCAUUGAAUGUAAAAGAUUGCAAAAAUCUCAUGUCUCUUCCUAGUACCUUUUUUAAUAUGAAAUGGCUCAAAGAUCUCAAUCUUUCCGGAUGCUCAAAACUACCGGAAAACUUGGUGAUUGAAAAAAUGGUAGAAGAGGUUGAUGUGAGUGGAACUGCCACAGGUCUUAUGGCUUAUUCCAAUACUAUUUUUCGAAGUCUUAAAACACUAGCUUUGGGUGGAUUUAAGCGGAGAAGUCCCAAUCACAUGGGCUUGUUACCGACUUCUUUAUGGGGCUUGUGUUCUUUGACCCAUCUGAAUCUAAGUUAUUGCAAUCUCAAUGCAAUCCCCAAUGAUAUUUGUCGCUUAUUCUCUUUAGAAUAUUUAUAUCUAAGCGGCAAUAAUUUUAGUUGCCUUCCGGAAAACAUCUCUCAACUAUCUAGGUUGUUUGAGUUGGAGGUGAACAAUUGUACGAGUCUUCUAUCAUUGCCAAAGCUUCCAUUAAAUAUUUAUUAUAUUUGGGGAAAGGGUUGUACCUCACUAGAAACGCUACCAAAUCAAUCACCACCAAAUUCUCCAUUUGGGCGUUUCCUCUACCUUACAAAUUGCAAUAAAUUGGCUGAGAAUCAAGGCUUCAUUGACAAUGGAUUGCAGUUUUUUGCAGCGAUAAUAAGUUCCCUUCGGUGCCCUCGCUCUGAUACCCGUUCUUACAGAUAUAACAGUGUUAUCCCUGGAAGUGAAAUUCCAAAGUGGUUUACGCAUCAAAGUAUUGGGGAUGAGGUUAGUAUUCAAGAACCUAAUUCUCUUUUGUGUAAUGAGUGGAUCGGGAUUGCUGUUUGCGCUGUAUUUUGUUGUCAUCCACAUCACCAAAUCCUCAAAGAAGGUUCACUUACCUGUUGGUUGAUAGUCAACGGAAAAAAAAUGCAUAGUGCACCAGGCACGCUCGACUUUGUUCUUUUAUCGGAUCACACUUGGCUACAUUAUUUUCUUCCUCAAUUUUACGAUGAGGAAGGAAUGAAGAAAUCAUUGUGUGAAUGCGAUGCAAAUGGAUUCAGUCAGAUUGGAAUUAAAAUUGAAUCUUCGAAGGUCCCAUUAAUGGUAAAGAAGUGCGGGUUGCGAAUGGUAUACAAGAAAGACAUUGAAGAUCUUAAUUCCGACAAUUCGACGGCAGCGGCAGCAGAAGGUUACAAAGCCAAGCGAACUCGUGAUGACUAUGAUGGGGCUGGAAGCUCUAAUUAUGAACCUCACCCAAAAAGGAUUGAAAGAGUCACAAAAUUUAUGGGUGAGGGUAACUCUAACUGUGAGGAAUCAAGUGAGAACAAGGAAUGUGCUGAAGAGCUAGGUGAUUGAAGGUUAAUCAACUUUUUUCUCUCCUUACUUGAUUCAGGCAUGGAUGAAGAGCUGGAGGAAGG